AUGAUUGCUGAAACUCUCGCGAAAUUCCUGCCAUACUUGAGCUUCAUGGUUGGCGCUUCCUUGUGGUACAAAUCCGGACGCAAGCCCAUUGACGACGCACUCAUCAUCUUCAUAAUCGGUCCACCCGGCGCAGGCAAAGGCACACAGAGCACCUUCCUGGUCAAGCACUUCGGCCUGCAACACCUCUCGUACGGGGACCUGAUGCGCGGUCUGCGCAAGAGCGGGGACCCGGGAGUAUCCGGACUGAAGACCAAGCCCAACACCGGAAACCCCAGCGUCCCCGACGAUAUGGGCGCCUGGUUGCUGUGGCGGGAGAUUCGCAACGGAGGACUCGAAGGUAAGGAGUUCUGGCUCGUGGACGGCUUCCCGCGAAGACCGGAGCAGAUUGAGGAAUGGCUUCAUUUACUGCCACCCGCGGUCUUGACGGUAUACCUGAAGUGUCCUCAGGAUAUCUCCAAACAGCGUGUAGCAUCCCGGGGUGAUGAGGCUGGGGCGGAGGCGAGACCGGAGGACCUGGAUCCUGAGACUGCGAUGCGCCGGAUUGAUGAGUUCUAUAACAAUGUGGAUUUCGUGGUGGCCAAACUUGAAGAGAAGGGCAUGAAGGUCUUUGAGGUGGACACAAAUCGCAGUCCAGAGGAUGUUCAGAAGGACCUGGAGAAGAUUAUGGAACCUCUGAUCCAGUCAAUUUUGUCAACUCAGCGGUCGUAA